AUGUAUUACCUGGUCGUCCUUCUACUCUUCCUCAUUGUCCCAUUGGUCUCCGCCAAUGUCGAGAAAACCAUCUUCCUCGCUCCCCCGGCCACUCUUCUACCCUCUAUCGAUCCCUCCCUCGACGACCUCGGUCUCCAACGUCUCUCCCCCAACAACCCCGUCCUCCGCACCAAACUCAAUGUCUCUUUUCCAACCGACACCCAGUCGGGUACGGACUCGUGGUACUUUCUCGAGAACCUACAUCCGGGGCAACGAUAUGAAGUGCGGAUCUGCUGGUUAGCCACGCAACCAACAGCGUUCACCCUCUCGACCUUCACCCUACGCGACGCCCUCGACGACCCAUCUCUCCUCUCCGCCAUCAGUGUCUACGCCUCGACCCGUCUCGAUACCAAAUCCUAUCCCAUUCCCCACAAACCGUACGCUCCCGUUGACCCGGCCCCGUCGCCGGAUUCGGCAUUGUUCCUGCGCGUCCGCGCUGCAGCAGAUUUCUUUUCGCGCGACUUGUCUCUAAUGGAGGCACCGCCGCCCGUUGUGGCAGAUAUCAUUCUGGACCCCUUCCUGGCGAACAUCUUCCCGCGGUCCCUCGUGCCCACCGCUGCAUAUGUCUUGGUCGUUGCCGCUUUGGCGCUGGUUGUGGCGCGCUUCGUAUGGGGACAGAUCCAGAAGACCGUGCAUACGGCAGGGACACAGCGGGACCAGGAGAAAAAAGCCCAGUAG